AUGUCUUCCAAUCCAGAAAAUUCUGGUGUUAAUGCGAAUAAUAAUACGGGCACUGGUAACGCUGAUGCGAUCACAGGAGCUCAGCAAAAUAUGGUACUGCAACCGAGACAGUUGCAAGAAAUGGCCGCUAAGUUCAGGACAUUACUGACUGAAGCAAGAAAUGUAGGUGAAACUACUCCUAGGGGCAAGGAAUUGAUGUUCCAAGCCGCAAAGAUCAAACAGGUAUAUGAUGCCCUUACACUGAAUAGGAGAAGACAACAGGCUGCGCAAGCCUACAAUAAUACUUCAAAUUCAAAUUCAAGCAAUCCAGCUUCUAUUCCUACUGAAAAUGUCCCUAAUUCAUCACAGCAACAACAACAACAACAACAACAGACAAGAAACAACAGUAACAAAUUUAGCAAUAUGAUAAAACAGGUUCUCACCCCGGAAGAGAACCAAGAAUAUGAAAAGCUAUGGCAGAAUUUCCAAGUCCGUCAUACGAGUAUAAAGGAGAAAGAGACCUACUUGAAACAAAAUAUUGAUAGGUUAGAACAAGAAAUAAAUAAACAGACGGACGAAGGGCCCAAGCAGCAGCUACAAGAAAAGAAAAUUGAACUGCUUAACGAUUGGAAGGUGCUAAAAAUUGAGUAUACCAAGCUGUUCAAUAAUUAUCAAAACAGUAAAAAAACAUUCUAUGUAGAGUGUGCAAGACACAAUCCGGCUUUACAUAAAUUCUUGCAAGAAAGCACUCAACAGCAACGAGUGCAGCAACAAAGGGUACAACAACAACAACAACAACAGCAGCAGCAGCAGCAACAGCAGCAACAGCAACAGCAACAGCAACAGCAACGCCAGGGUCAAAACCAAAGAAAGAUUUCUAGUUCUAAUUCUACUGAAAUACCCUCUGUAACCGGCCCUGAUGCACUGAAAUCGCAGCAGCAGCAGCAGAAUACAAUAACUGCCACCAAUAAUCCCAGGGGCAAUGUUAACACUUCACAGACUGAACAAUCGAAAGCUAAGGUAACCAAUGUAAAUGCAACGGCAUCUAUGUUGAAUAAUAUAAGUUCGAGCAAAUCGGCAAUAUUCAAACAAACAGAGCCUGCCAUACCCAUAUCGGAAAAUAUAUCUACCAAAACACCAGCACCGGUAGCUUAUAGAUCCAACAGACCUACAAUAACUGGAGGUUCUGCUAUGAAUGCCAGUGCUUUGAAUACACCAGCAACAACUAAAUUACCACCCUAUGAAAUGGAUACUCAGAGAGUUAUGUCAAAGCGUAAAUUAAGAGAGUUAGUGAAGACUGUCGGAAUUGAUGAGGGUGACGGUGAAACUGUCAUUGACGGUGAUGUUGAGGAAUUACUAUUGGAUCUUGCCGACGAUUUUGUUACUAAUGUUACAGCUUUUUCUUGUAGAUUGGCAAAACACAGAAAAUCGGACAAUUUGGAGGCAAGAGACAUUCAGUUACAUUUGGAGAGAAAUUGGAAUAUUAGGAUUCCUGGUUAUUCCGCAGACGAAAUAAGAAGUACAAGAAAAUGGAAUCCCUCUCAAAAUUAUAACCAGAAAUUGCAGAGUAUCACAUCAGAUAAGGUAGCAGCUGCAAAAAACAAUGGAAACAAUGUUGCAAGCUUGAAUACAAAAAAAUAA